AAGACUGGAAGGCGGUGUCAAAAACGCCAUGCCACUCGCGCCAAGAAGAGCUCCCCAGUCCGCACGUCCACUCUCGUUUCCCCACGGAGACCCCUCUCCCUCACGCAAUCCCCAGAUCCCUCCUCUUUGUCCGAUUGGAAUCACGUCUUGGAACUCGUGAAUUCCUCCUCAAGAACGUCAGCUGAUGAUUUACAGUACGGUUUGCAUUUCCGUUUCAAGUUCUACAGCUCGAGCUCGGUCGCUUGCAUCGAUUUCGUGGGGGACUCAGGUUUUCUCUUCUGUGUUUUCACCUUCUCAGAUCCGAAUUCGAUGCUUCUCUGUUCACCUGAUCUGCAUUGCCAUUAUAAAUGCGGGAUGCCAGGUUUUAGAUCUGAUGGGUCGGUUCGGCUCUUUAUGACUUUUGCGUGGGCUGAGUGAGCUUUUGUGAUGUUUAUCUGAUUGUUCUUGAAUUUUGCGGAACUGGGUCAAGGGGAAAAAUGGAGGUGCCUUCUGGAAACUCUCCGAGAAUUAAGUUGGCCCGAGCCAAGAGUGAGGGAUCUGAAGGACCCCAUUUGCAGAAUUUGGAUGUGGAAUCAUCCGUUAAUGGGGUUUUUGGGCAGAGUCAGAUUCAUCAGUACCAUUACAUGAGUGCAUUGGAGAUCUUGAGGGAAACUGUGAGGAUUCUCCGGUACAAUCUGUCAAGCUUCAUGCUGAUCGCGACAUUGCUCAUCUGCCCUGUUUCUGCAAUAACUUUGUCCAAUGUGUUGGUCGAUCAGUCGAUGCUGAAGAGGUUGACCAUUAGGCUCAUGCUAGUGGCCAAGUCAAGUGGACUCCCACUGAGGCCUUUCGUCAAACACUCGUGCCAGAAAUUCUCCGAGAUGGCAAUCUCUUCAGCCUUGAGCUUCCCCUUGUUCAUGACGGUGUCGUUGUUGUCGAAAGCUGCUGUUAUAUACUCGGUAGACUGUACUUAUUCGAAGAAGAGGGCCGAUUCAUCAAUGUUCUUUGUGAUAGUCUCCAAAAUUUGGAGGCGGAUCGUCAUGACUUACUUGUGGACGUGCAUGGUCAGUGUGGGCUGCCUCACGUUGUUUGUUGUUCUUCUGGUUGCCAUUUGUAGCGUGUUAUCUAUCAUCGGAGUUUCUGAAAAUCUGAUUGUUUAUGCAGCACUUUUGGAAGGGUUGGUUUUCUCAGUCACUUUUGCUAAUGCCAUUAUUAUUUGUAACAUUGCUAUAGUCAUAUGUGUACUGGAGGAUGUUUCUGGACCUCAGGCAUUGUUCCGGUCGAGUGCUCUGAUAAAGGGCCAGACUCAUGUAGGGCUCCUGAUAUUCCUUGGGUCCACAAUCGGGAUGGCAUUUAUACAGGGCUUGUUUGAGCAUAGAGUCAAGGUAUUGAGCUACGGAGAUGGGUCCUCGAGGAUAUGGGAAGGGCCUCUCUUGGUGAUAAUGUACUCAUUUUUGGUGCUUAUUGAUUCCAUGAUGAGUGCAGUAUUUUAUUUCAGUUGCAGAUCACAUAGCAUGGAAGCAUCGCGUGUAGACCGGCAACCGAUUUUGGAAAUUAUGGCUAGCUCUGCUGAAUCAAUGGGUAUCUAACUAUGUGCAAGCACAGGGUUUAUAUAAUUCUAUCUGGAAGAGGAGAAUUGCAUUAGAAGUUUAAGUCCAUCGGCAUUUUUGUUAUUCUUUAGGCUCUCAUAUGUCAAUUAGUAUCUGGGCUUUCUCGGUCGAGCUUUUCCACCAUUGGUUUGAUGCGGACAACAAAACUAGAUGGCUCCCAACCAUGUCGGUAGGUAAUUCAUUAUACUGAUCUUUAUAUUGUUCUUCAGCAUACAAUGACUUCAAAAAGGGGGUUGACAAUGGCAGUCACAUGUUGGAAAUAUUACUCUGAAUAUACAGAAUAAGAUAGAUAGAUCGUAUGGAUUUGCUUUUG